AUGCUCGAAGCUAUCGAGAAUGCGAUCGAAAAAUACAUUGACACACAUCGCGAUCACAUUCGUGGACACGUCGAUAAGAAUCUCGAGUCAACAAAAAGUUCAAUUAUCGAACACUUGCCCGAACAUGUACUCAAAUUCCUAACCAAACAUCUCGAAAAAAAGCGUAAUGAAGGAAGUGGCAGUGGCCACUUUGUGGAAUCAUUCCUCACAACAAUGACAACAGUCGUCAAAGACAUGUCGCAAGAGUUUAAGGACGAAGUUCGUAAAGCUGCUCGACAUCACGUUGAUAAAGCCACCGAAGGCACAACCGACUUUGUCACAGAUACCGCCAUCAGAGAAUCCAAGGUCGCCGUGAAAGUAAUCUCUCGUAAAGAUAAAGAGGAGAAACAACAUCAUUUUUUCAAGAAUUUUGAUUUGAGUUUUUUGACCGAAGGAAAAGUCGGAAUCGUUAACAAAAUUUUGGAGAUGAUUCGUCCUCCGCUUCAUCGUGUCUGCGAUGAAAUCAACGAAAAAAUUAGUCAAUCUUUUCCGAAGAGAGUUAAAACUUUAAUGAUGAAAGAAUUUGGUGGGGGUAUCUUGUCAUCAAAUGAUAAAGACGGCGAUGGUAUGAAUGAUAAUUUGCAAAGUGUUUUGGCGGUGUUGGGUGGUGGUAGUCGGGGUGCUGAUGGGGAACAUCAUGGGGAUUUAUUUGAUCGAAUUUUGGCACAUCUUCCCGAGAAAAUCAAAGAAUUUCUUAUGCCUUUCCUUGCGAAAUUUGAAGACGGAUUAAUGGAGAAUUUAUCAGGCGAAUUACAUAAUCGUAUAUUUGGGGAGGAUAAUUUCAAGAAAGGGGUUAGGGGUUUUGUGGGAGGACACAGUCAUGACGGGGACGAAUCUGGUGAACACGGACAUGGUAAAAUUGGUGGUCUCUUUGGGCUUUUCAAAAAGAAAGAUGAUGAUUGA